AUGAACAGAGAAUCAGUAUAUGCGUUCUCUUUUCUCAUCUUCUUACUAUCUUCCCUACUCUUAUUCAACUUCCUCACCCCUUUUGAUCAACAAUCUCUUUCUCGUUAUGCUUUCUUAUCAUAUAUCAUUCCCAACAAUUCACACAAAUCUCCAGCCGUAAAAGCCUGCGAUUAUUCCAAAGGUCGUUGGGUUUGGGACGAAACCUACUCAUAUCAAUUGUACGAUGAAAGUUGUCCGUUUCUUGAUCCUGGAUUCCGGUGCCGGCAAAAUGGACGGAAAGAUGAAGGUUACCGGAAAUGGAGAUGGCAGCCUGAUGAAUGUGACCUUCCCCGAUUCAAUGCAAGUGACGUCCUAGAGAAGAGUCGCAAUGGACGCAUUGUGUUUGCGGGUGAUUCAGUGGGAAGAAACCAAUGGGAGUCAUUACUGUGCAUGCUGACAAAAGGGGUCUCAAACAUGUCUAAAAUAUAUGAAGUGAAUGGAAGUCCCAUAAGCAAACACAAGGGUUACCUGGCAAUGAGGUUUGAGGAAUACAACAUGACAGUAGAAUAUUACAGGGCACCCUUCUUGUCUAUUAUAGGACGACCACCACUCAACUCAUCCAAAGAGGUCCGAAUGACUAUUAGGCUUGACGAGUUGCAUUGGUAUUCCAAUAAGUGGGUAGCAGCAGAUGUUCUUAUUUUCAAUUCCGGCCAUUGGUGGAACCUAGACAAAACUAUCAAGAUGGGCAGCUACUUCCAGGAAGGAGGGAAGGUAAAUAUGACAAUGAGCGUGAAAGAAGCAUUUAGGAGAUCCUUACAGACAUGGAAAUCAUGGGCACUGCAUAAUCUAGAUCCUUGGAGGAGUUUUGUCUUCUUUCGUAGCUAUUCCUCUGUUCAUUACAGGAAUGGCACAUGGAAUGAUGGAGGAAAUUGUGACAUGGAAACAGAACCAGAAAAGGACCCUUCAAAACUUGAGACUGAACCAUAUUAUAACACAUUUAUAUCUGAUGUUAUCAAACAGAUGCAAUAUGGGAGCUGGAAAGUCCAAUUAUUGAACAUCACAUAUCUUUCAGAGUUGAGGAAAGACGGUCACCCUUCCAAGUAUCGGGAACCAGGCACUCCACCUGAUGCUCCUCAGGAUUGUAGCCACUGGUGCUUACCCGGAGUUCCAGACACGUGGAAUGAACUUCUCUAUGCCCAACUUCUCUCUAAGAAAUUUGGCAUCAACACAAAAUUUCCAGAAAGCAGAGAACAAAGCCAAUCCAAUUUUCAUCAGACCACCACGAAGAAUGUUAAGUUUUGCUAG